AUGGAUCAGAAUCAGGCUAUUGCGGAGCUUCCAGAUGAUCCUCCCCCUGUAGAUUCCAUCAAGGAGAAGUUGGGAGCUUUGUCUUCUCUUUCACUCGUCUGUUGUAUCUAUAAGGCACCUAAGAGGCUGCGGAGAUUGAACCCGGAUGCGUAUACGCCUCGGGUUGUAUCCAUUGGGCCCUUACAUCAUGGUAAUAAUGAAGAACUCGAAGCCAUGGAAGAUCAUAAACUGAGGUACCUGGAAUGUCUUAUUCCUAAAACAUCCUUAACUUUAGAGGGCAUGGUAGAAGUUGCAAAGACAUGGGAAGCAGACGCUCGUUUCUGUUAUGCCGAAAAGAUAAAACUUAGCAGCAAUGAAUUUGUGAAGAUGCUAAUCGUUGAUGCAGGCUUCCUAGUAGAACUGCUUUUAAGGUCUCCAAAUAAGGUAGACGACAGUACGCUGGAUAGGAUAUAUGGGAAGCAAAAGAUGAUUGUUGAUGUUAACCACGACAUUAUGUUACUUGAAAAUCAGCUCCCGUAUUUUGUUGUGGAGGGCAUGUUUGGUUUGCUACGUGGUGAUCAUCGAGGGGGGCUUCCGAUUCCUCAAAUCAUUCACCGCCACUUCAAGAAAUUCUGGAUGAGCAUCCCUCCAUUUCCAACGAGAACUUUCGGUUUAGAGACUCACCAUUUUGUUGCCCUUCUGAGAUCUAUUCACCUGCCUUCGGUUUUGAGUUUUCCAGGAGGAAGCAUCAACAGGGGGAUGAUGGGCUCUACACUGAGUGCAAAAGAGAUUCAAAAUGCCGGUGUGAAGCUCAAUCCUUCAGACAGCAGUACCUCUCCACUCGACAUAACAUUUGCCAAGGGAGUUCUCACGAUUCCCCAAAUCAAAAUCAGUGACAUCACAGAAGCUCUAUACAGAAACAUCAUCUUGUUUGAGCAAUGUCAUCUUUUAGAUACUUACUUUAGCGACUAUAUGAUGUUCCUCAGUCGCUUUGUAAGAUCUCCAUCGAAUGCCGAAUUGUUCAUCGAACACGGGAUCAUUGUGAACAGGCGUGGAAAUGCAAAAGACAUUUCGAGGCUGUUUGAUCGUGUAUUGAAGGAGACAACUCAGACAAGUUACAGCGCGUUUUACUAUCAGACUGUCUAUGACAAACUAGAGGUGCAUUGCAACACGACUUGGCACAAGUCGAAAGCAAUUCUGCGCCGUGAUUACUUCCACACUCAUUGGUCAGCUAUCUCUGUUGGGGCUGCUGUUGCUCUUCUCAUUCUUACGUUCAUACAGGCUCUAUGCUCUAUUCUAGCCUUGUGA